AUGCUUCGGGACAGUUCGCUUGUGGUGGACCUCGACUCGCCCUAUGAGUACGCAGUCUUAGAGACCCACGACUCUGGCCGGGACCCUACAGUCCUCGAGUGGCACAGAACUGAUCCCUCGCGAGUGGCGGUCGCGCACAACAACGUUUGUGAUAUCCUCUCCUGGUCAGCCAAUGAGAGUCGGCUUUCCCCUCUGGUCACCCUUCGCGGCUACAUUCGACCAAUCAGUGGUCUUGACUGGUGUCCCAACCAGCCCAACCUGCUGGCUACCUCAUCCUUGGAGAACUUCCGCGCUACCUGCAUUUGGGAUCUUCGCGAUACCUCGAGACCCGUAAGGACGACGGAAUCCCUCUGUAAGCGAGCGUCGAAAGGCCUUGUCUGGUUUUCACCUCAUUCUUAUUAA